AUGGAUCCUGAGACAAGGUUCAAAGAAAUUUCUUUGCAGCCUAUGCAUUUACAAGAAAGUUUCUUGCAAUCUAGUAUGAAAUACAAUAUUUCUUAUGGGAAUCCCUCUCAGGAAUUUUUGGAAGAUUUUCAUUAUAGUGAUCAGUUUCACGUGGAUGAUUCCUCGACCAAUCCGAUCCAAUUUCAAACUCCAAAUUUUGAUGGUUUUGAUAAUUUCACCUUUAAUUGUUCAUCAUCAGAUUUUGAUGUUUAUGAGUGCAAGCCUUUUGCUGAGAAUACUAGCAAUGGGCAUCCUCAUGUUUGGAACAAUUUCCUAUAUAGCUUGAGCCUUCCUCAAAGAAAUCAGUUAGACAUGAUGGUUGCAAACCAAAAUUUUUUUCCUUUUAAUCCUCAAGAAACCAAUCCCAUGAAUUUUGUUGCACCAGAUGAAGUCUCGUGCAUUUUUCCUGUAAAUUAUUACAAAGAAGUUGGAGUGAACAAAAACAAUAGGUCAUAUCCAACCACUAGAAGGACAUAUAAAGUUCCUAAGAAGUCCAACAUGGUAAAGGGCCAAUGGACAGUAGAAGAAGACGGGUUGUUGAUUCAACUGGUGGAACAACAUGGAUUGAGGAAGUGGUCUCAUAUUGCUAAGGUAUUGCCUGGAAGAGUAGGAAAACAGUGCAGAGAGCGAUGGCAUAACCAUCUAAGGCCUGACAUUAAGAAGGACAAUUGGACUGAUGAAGAGGAUAAAAUACUAAUCCAAGCUCAUGGAGAGUUAGGAAAUAAAUGGGCUGAGAUUGCUAAAAGGUUACCAGGUAGAACUGAAAACUCAAUCAAAAACCAUUGGAAUGCAACCAAGAGAAGACAAUAUUCCAAAAGAAAGUGUCGCUUAAAGCACCCUAGAGGCACUCUUUUGCAAGACUAUAUCAAGAGCUUGAACUUAGACAAGAACCCUCCAAUAGAUUAUAGGAGAAAAUCUUCUUCUAAUUAUGCUAGUGCCAUGAAGAACAAAACUAGCACAAGCAAAGUCACCAUACCAACUCUUCCCCUAACAGCAGAUCAAUUUUGUGCCAAUGAUUGCUUGGUGCCAAAUUAUGAUUUUAAUGGGGUCCCAGAUUUUUUAUUUGCUGAGAAUUUGUUUGAAGAAGGGUGUAGUAUUGAUUCUCUCCUAGAUGGUAUGCCUUGUGCUCCUACUUUGGAUAAGCAAGAUUUUGAAGAAAAAAUGCAAUGUGAUCCUAUUAAGGAAGGAAAAUAUUUUGAUCAGGGAGGAAUAAAAUGUGCUCAUGUUGUUAAUAUCAGUGAGAAUCAUGCUGAGACAGAGAUGCCACUAGAGAUUAUGGAGCCAAUUUUGGAGGUUGAAAUUAAGGAGGAGCUGGAUUUAGUAGAGAUGAUGUCUCAGGUCAAUAAUGAAAUUGUUCAUGAGACAUUAUAA